AUGGCCAUGCUUCUAUUUGUCGUGAAUUCUGCGUGUUCAACCGAUUACGAAAAUAUGUUUCUAUUAUUAGUCGUUCUUUCGUGCGAUGAAGAAUACCAGUUGGUACGACAUCUCAUGGAUAAGUACGACCCUUCAGUGCGGCCCGUGGAAAAUUCUUCACAUCCCCUGCUAGUCACUUUUGGUGUGUCCCUGCAUCAUAUUAUUGACGUUGAAGAAAAAGACCAGCUCCUCACAACCAACUGCUGGAUAACACAAAUAUGGACAGAUCAUCAUCUAAGAUGGAACAUCAGCGAUUUUGAUGGAAUCAGUGUAAUAAGAAUACCGUACGAAAGAGUGUGGAAACCAGACAUCAUACUUUACAAUAAUGCAGAUCCGAAUUAUCGAUCAGCUGUGAUCAACACCAACGUCAUCGUGAAGAACACGGGCGAAGUGACAUGGCUCAGUCACGGCAUCUAUGUCUCCGUGUGCGAUAUAAAUGUCGAACAAUUCCCAUUCGACAUACAACUGUGCACCAUGAAGUGGGCUUCAUGGACUUACGAUGGGUUUCAACUGGACAUCCAGAAGCAGUUUGAUGAAGGAGAUACGACGAACUAUCAAACGAAUGGUGAAUUUGAUUUAGUAAGCUUCGAAGCAAUUAAGCAUAACCAGUAUUACUCAUGCUGCGUAGAGCCAUACCCCGACAUUACCUACGUCAUCAAGCUGCGCAGACGACCCAUGUUUUACGUCUUCAAUCUUAUAUUGCCAUGUCUACUGAUCAAUGGAAUAGCUCUAUUGGUGUUCUAUGUACCCUCGGAGUCGGGAGAAAAGGUUACACUUGGGAUCAGCGCUUUACUGUCUAUGACGGUAUUUCUCAUGACCAUACGAGAUACACUACCACCGACCGAAAAAACACCACUGAUUAGUCUUUACUAUGGAGUGAGCACAUGUUUGGUUUCCUUCUCAGCCUCUCUAUCUGUUGUUACUCUUAAUAUAUCAUACAGGCAAGACGAUGUUUGA